AUGGCUCCAGCUGCUUACACUGAUUUAACCAAAGCUUCAAACGACUUGUUGAACAAGGACUUUUACCACUUGUCAACCGCCGCCGUCGACGUCAAAACAGUUGCUCCAAAUGGUGUUGCUUUCACCGUUAAAGGUAAAACUACCAAGGACGACAAGAUUGCUGCUUCCGUCGAUGCCAAACACGUUGACAAGGCCACUGGCUUGACCUUGACCCAAGGUUGGAACAAUGCCAAUGUCCUCUCAACCAAGAUUGAAUUGGCUGAAUUGUUGACUCCAGGCUUGAAGGGUGAAUUGGACACCUCAAUUGUGCCAAACGGUGCUAGAAACGCCAAAUUGAACUUUUUCUACCAACAAGCCGCUGUCAAUGGUAGAUUGUUCUUUGACUUGUUGAAGGGCCCAAUCGCCACCGCUGACUUGGUUGUUGCCCACGAUGGCUUCACUGCUGGUGCCGAAUUAGGUUAUGACAUCUCAAGCGCCAAGGUCAACAAGUACUCCGUCGGUGUUGGUUACUCCAACUUUACCUACGCCUUGGCCGCCACCGCCACCUCAAACUUGUCUGUCUUUUCAGCUGCUUACUACCACAAGGUCUCUCCAUUGGUUGAAGUCGGUGCCAAGACCACUUGGGACUCAGUUAAAUCAUCAAACGUCAAUGUCGAAUUUGCCACCAAAUACGCUUUGGACAGAUCUGCUUUCAUCAAGGCCAAGAUUGCCGACUCUGGUUUGACUGCCUUGAGUUACACUCAAGAAUUGAGACCAGGUGUCAAAUUGGGUUUGGGUGCCUCAUUCGACGCUUUGAAAUUGGCUGAACCAGUCCACAAAUUGGGUUUCUCUUUGUCAUUUGUCGCAUAA